AUGGAGGCGGCGGCGGCGGCGUUGGUGGGGCUGCGGGGGGCGGCGCUGGACGGGCUGCGAGGCGGCCCGGCCCCGGCAGAAGGCGGCGGCGGCGGCUUCGAGCGGGCCCGCUUCUGGGAGACGCUAGGGGCGUCGUCCCAGGCGGCCACCCAGCUGAGCCUGGCCGCGGCCCGCCAGCCUCCGCCCUCCCUGCAGCCUCCGCAGGAGCUGGAGCGGCUGAGCGGAGCGGCGCAAAGGGCGGUGCGGGCUGCAGCCACGGCCUACUACGAGCUGCCAAGGCGGAAGGUGGGGGGGGCGCUGGGCCGAGCCGUGCACGCCGCCGUGGUGGCGGUGGCCGAGGGGCUGCUGCGCCUGGCCGAGGCCCUCCUGCGCGCCCCAGCGAGGACCCCGUCUCCGGAGCAGCUGGUCUCCACGGGGGGCGUGUGGGAGGCCUGCGACCGACUGGCUGGCCUGCCUCGAGAUAACCGGGGAGCCGUGGCGGCAGCCCUGGCCUCCUGGCUGGGGAUUGUCAGAGAUGCUCUGGAGGAGAUGGAGCAGGCGCUGGCGGAAGGCAGAGAUCCCGACUGGGAUGUCCUGGAGGACGAAGAGGCUGUUUCCAUGGGGAACAGGGAUGUCUCCUGGUCGGAGGCUGACCAGCGGCUGCUGGGCCCCUGCAUGGGGCUGGUGAAGGCGGCCAAAGCAUGCCUGAAGAAGUUGCUGCAGGCUGUGAAGGCCCGGGGCCAAGUCGAGACCGCGGAGCAGGUGGCUCAGCUGGAUGACCUCGCGGACGCUGCAGGCGACGUCAGCCCCAGCGUGGAUGAGUUGGUGCUGAGCACGUAUCCGCCUGUGAACCAGCUGACUUUGCGACUAAAUGCGGCAAAGCUGGCUGCGGUGCUAAAGAAGGUGCUGGAGGUCACCCGGGCCAGCCAUGUUUGCUCUCCCUCCGAAGAGAGCUGGGUGCAGUUCCUCGCUGGAGCGGUUGAUCACAACAUGGACAAGAUCAAGGGCUUCACCCAAGGGGUGCUUUGACGUGGUGUG